CGGCGGCGGCUGAGGGUGAGAGCGGCGGCCAUGGUGGGCUUCCCGGCGGCGGCCGCCUUCCAGGUGCUGUGUUGAUUUAAGAAGAUGGAGUGAAGUGAAAAGGAGGAUAAGGCCAAAUCGUAUAAGGAAGAAAAUGUGAAAGCUCCUUUUUGAAGGCUAAAGAGGGACCCUUGAACAACCAAAACCACGUGGGGUAUGCCUGGGCUAGAUUUAUCAUUUGCAGAAACAUUAUCGAUUGACUUCCAUGCUUUCUGGAGAUCAUUUUACCUUUCCACUGUAGGUUGGUUUAGAUACUCGCCUGAAUUGGUAGCAGAGAUUAGAUCCAAGAGUUGCUGGCGAGAAGAGGAUCCCAGCGAUGCCUGGAUCCCCCGCGGAAGUGAAGAUACAAUCCAGAUCUUCACCUCCAACCAUGGCACCCCUGCCACCUGUCAACCCAGGUGGGCCCCGCCCAGUGUCAUUCACUCCUACUGCAUUGUCCAACGGGAUUAAUCAUUCUCCUCCGACCCUAAAUGGCGCACCGUCCCCACCCCAGAGGUUCAGCAACGGUCCUGCUUCUUCCUCUUCCUCUUCACUGACCAAUCAGCAACUGCCGGCCACCUGCGGAGCCCGACAGCUGAGCAAGUUAAAACGCUUCCUAACCACCCUUCAGCAGUUUGGCAACGACAUCUCCCCCGAGAUCGGGGAAAAGGUCCGGACACUGGUUCUAGCAUUGGUGAACUCAACAGUGACUAUUGAAGAAUUUCACUGUAAGCUUCAAGAGGCUACAAAUUUCCCACUCCGUCCCUUCGUGAUUCCAUUCCUCAAGGCCAACCUCCCGCUGCUGCAGAGGGAACUGCUGCACUGUGCCCGGGCAGCCAAGCAGACCCCUUCCCAGUACCUGGCACAGCACGAACACCUUCUGCUCAACACAAAUACUACAUCCCCAGCCGACUCUUCCGAGCUGCUGAUGGAAGUGAAUGGAAAUGGAAAAAGACACAGUCCAGACAGGCGAGAGGAUAAUAGCUUUGAGAGGGAUUCAGUCCCCCCCGAGCCUCCAGCCAAGAGAGUAUGCACCAUUAGCCCAGCUCCUCGGCACAGCCCGGCCCUAACCCUGCCACUCAUGAAUCCCGGGGGUCAGUUCCAUCCCACCCCCCCUCCUCUUCAGCACUACACCUUGGAAGAUAUCGCCACCUCCCACCUGUACAGAGACCCUAGCAAGAUGCUGGAACAUCGAGAAAUGCGGGACAGACAUCACGGUCUCGGCUUGAACGGAGGCUAUCAGGAUGAGCUGGUGGACCAUCGGUUGACAGAGAGAGAGUGGGCCGAUGAGUGGAAGCAUCUCGAUCACGCCCUGAAUUGCAUUAUGGAAAUGGUGGAGAAGACCAGGCGUUCCAUGGCGGUUCUGCGGCGCUGUCAGGAAGCAGAUCGAGAGGAGCUCAACUACUGGAAGAGGCGGUGCAGUGAGACCACAGAGAACAGGAAAGCAGGAAGCGAACUUAUCUCGAGGCAGCACAGUCCCGGCAGUUCGGACUCCAUCAAUAAUGAUUCCCAGCGGGAGUUCAACAGUAGGUCGGGAGCAGGCUACGUCACCGAAGAGAUAUGGAAAAAGGCUGAAGAAGCUGUGAAUGAGGUGAAACGCCAGGCCAUGUCCGAGGUGCAGAAAGCGGUGGCGGAGGCCGAGCAGAAGGCGUUUGAAAUGAUCGCCUCGGAGAGAGCCCGAAUGGAGCAAACCAUAGCAGAUGCCAAGCGCCAAGCCACAGAAGAUGCUUUCCUCGUUAUAAAUGAGCAAGAAGAGUCUACGGAGAGCUGCUGGAACUGUGGUCGCAAAGCCAGCGAGACAUGCAGCGGAUGCAACAUCGCCCGCUACUGCGGCUCUUUCUGCCAGCACAAAGACUGGGAGAGGCACCACCGGAUCUGCGGGCAAGGGUUGCUCGGCCAGAACAAGCCGCUCCCGCCGCCGGCGGGGCGGUCGGCCGUCUCAAAACCCACCGAGGGGGCGCCCAGCCCGGCCCUGGACAAGACCUCGGCGGCCACCUCCCGGUCUUCGACCCCAGCCUCCGUGACGGCGAUAGACGCGAAUGGACUCUGAGCGGGAGGGCAGGGGGAUCGAUCCCCGGCUCGCAGAGGGAAGAGUCGAAAUGCAUUCCGGGGACCCUUCCGGGCGUUGGCACGGGGCUGUUGGGGUGAGGGGGAGGGGAAGAAGGGGGAACGGUUCAUUAAACACAACGGUACCGGUCGAUGAGAAAGGCCCAGCGACCUCCCUGCUGGCCCGCGAUGACUUCUCCCUAAUCCUCCCGGCUAGACUGGCCUCGCUGGAAUGGCAGAGACCUUCCCCUCGGAGCGCCAGGCGGCAGUCGGGCAGUGCCAACAUGCAGGCGGCUCAGACAGCAUUCACACGUGACAUUGGUACAUCGCUCGUACCCCUGCUCUCCGCCACCGGGGACUCACCCGUUUGCGAGCGUGGCUGGCCGGCUCGCCCGACCGCCCUCUACCCUCAUCAAGUUCGGCGGCCCGGCGCAAACCAUCCCCCGCAAAGGAAGACGACUUGAGAGCAGGUCCGGACGGGGGGGUACCCUGACUGGCAGUCGGGAUCCGCCCGAUGCCGCCGGGGCUGAAGAUCCCAUGUCGGAGCGCCUUCUUUCUCUCUCGCUCGCUCGCCUUGUCUUGGAAAGGAAGACCCAGGUUAUAUGCAACGCACACUAGUGCUCAGUCACUUUCUCUCCCCACGCCCUUCCGCCCUCCCAGAGGAGGUCAGUGACCGGCCAGAUCGGAAGCCCACCCGGAAGCCUUGGUGACCAUCGGGCCACAGAAACUCGAUGGCGAAUUCAGCAGCGUAGGAACCGCGUGUGGCUGAUUCCAAAGGAGCCGCCGCAAGGAAAGAACUCCUCUCCCUUCCUUCCCCCCCGCCCUCCCUCUUUCCCUCCCUCCGGUUCUGCCCCGUCUAAUGAACUGUGUGUAGAGUCAUCCCAGCACCAAAGGGGAAUCGCCGGCCAGCCCGGGAAACACGCUAGAAACGGUCUGGGAACCCGGAUUGUCCGUCGAUCUGUCGUGGAUCGUCCUGGGCAGAGCCCUCCACCCCCACGAGCCGCUGAGCACAGCCGGACCGCGGCGAGGAUUUCUCCUGGGUCUUUCUCAUUUGUUCGGCUAUGCAGAAAACUCCUUUUCCACUGCAUGGAAGAUCAGUUUUAUAUUUGUGUAGAACUUCUGAGGGAGACUGAGUGCGUGCGUCGUCCUCCCUGAGCAUGUGGGCCAAAAUAUAACCGUGUCUGAUUGUUUUUCU